AUGGCUGGGAGCAAGAAAUACGUCCUCAUCACUGGGUGCUCUCCCGGUGGAAUUGGCCACGCGAUUGCCACUGAAUUUCAGAGCAAAGGAUACCAUGUCAUUGCGACGGCACGUAGAGCCGAAGUGCUCGAGGAGCUGCGAACGACGGGCAUGAGCGUCGUCGCGCUGGACGUCAGCGACAAGGCCAGCGUCCAGAAGUGCACGGAAGAAGUCUCCCGGAUCACCGGCGGCAGGCUCGACAUCCUCGUCAACAACGCCGGCGUCAACCACACCAUCCCCGCCACCGACAUCGACAUUGACGACGUCAAGCGCACCUUUGAUACCAACGUCUUCGGCGUCAUGCUCAUGUGCCAGGCCUGCAUCCCACUCCUCGUCCCCGCGCGCGGGCUCAUCGUCAACAUCUCCUCGCUCUCCUCCGUCACCCCCUACCUCUUCGCCUCCGUGUACAGCAGCACCAAGGCCGCGCUCGACGGCUACUCGCGCACGCUGCGCCUCGAGAUGAAGCCGUUCGGCGUGCGCGUCAUGGUCGCCAUGACCGGCACCAUCAAGUCCAACAUUACCUCCCACCUCGUCCGCCAGCUGCCCGCCGACUCCAUCUACCAGCCGGUCCGCGACAUGUACGACGAGCGCAUCCAGUUCAGCCAGCGCAGCGGCACCUGGGCCGCGGACGUGUACGCGAAGAAGCUGGUGGCCGCCGCGGUCAAGGGCGAGGGCUGGUUUGGGGGUUUGUUUGGGGGCACGCCGGACUGGUUCUGGGCGGGCGGGCUGAGCACCUUGGUCUGGUUCGUGCAGGCGUUCUUGACGCGGUCGCUGGGCGAGCGCUUCGCGGCGAGGACUUUCAAGAUUGCCAAGAUGACCGCCAAGAUUACUGCAGCCAAAGCCAAGAGGAAUUGA